UCUUCAAAAAAAAAAUCAUCUAGAGGAGGAAACCUCUCGUGUCUCCUUGGGCAUUUCCUGCGUUAUUUUUGCCAAUUAAAAGUUAAACAAAAUUGCUACUUCACCCGGCCAAAGAUGAGCGGCAUAUUAAAACUGCAACCGAACAUUUUAAAAGGUUGCCUCAAUCAUUUCGUCAACAAGGCAAACCUAGCAGCCACAUCAAGCCGCUCUCUCCAUAUUAAUGUAGACAGACAAAACGCUUCGAGAUGCAGCUCGGGAGCUGGCUCAGCUUCUUACCCCGUGGUCGAUCACACUUACGAUGCCGUAGUUGUCGGGGCAGGAGGAGCUGGACUCCGUGCCGCCUUCGGUUUAGUAGCCGAAGGCUUCAAGACCGCUGUGAUCACUAAAUUAUUUCCUACUAGAUCUCAUACUGUUGCCGCUCAGGGGGGCAUUAAUGCUGCUUUAGGUAACAUGGAGGAGGACAAUUGGCAAUGGCAUAUGUAUGAUACAGUGAAAGGCUCUGAUUGGCUGGGAGACCAGGACGCUAUCCAUUAUAUGACCAGGGAGGCCCCGCAGGCUGUUGUCGAGUUGGAAAACACCGGGAUGCCCUUUUCCAGGACCCCCGACGGGAAGAUUUACCAGAGGGCUUUUGGGGGGCAGGCUUUGAAGUUUGGUAAGGGAGGACAGGCACAUAGGUGCUGUUGUGUCGCAGACAGGACCGGGCACAGUUUACUUCACACCCUUUACGGACAAAGUUUAAGGUACGAUUGCAACUAUUUCGUCGAGUAUUUCGCCCUGGAUUUGAUUAUGGAAAAAGGAGAGUGCCGGGGGGUUAUAGCUCUUUGUCUGGAGGACGGUACCAUUCAUAGAUUCAUAGCCAAGAGUACUGUGUUGGCCACCGGAGGUUAUGGCAGGGCCUUUUUCUCUUGCACCUCGGCGCACACUUGCACCGGAGACGGUACCGCCAUGGUGGCCAGGGCCGGACUGCCCAAUCAGGAUUUGGAGUUUGUCCAGUUUCACCCUACGGGGAUUUAUGGGGCCGGUUGUUUGAUUACCGAAGGCUGUCGAGGCGAGGGUGGUUAUUUAAUUAAUUCGGAAGGCGAGAGGUUUAUGGAGAGGUAUGCUCCGGUGGCCAAGGAUUUGGCCUCAAGAGAUGUGGUGUCCCGGAGUAUGACUAUCGAGAUCAGAGAAGGUCGCGGAUGUGGCCCGGAAAAAGACCACGUGUUUUUGCAACUUCACCAUUUACCCGCCGAGCAACUGCACCAGCGGCUGCCCGGCAUUUCGGAGACGGCGAUGAUCUUCGCGGGGGUCGACGUCACUAGAGAACCGAUCCCCGUUUUACCGACCGUGCACUACAAUAUGGGCGGGGUACCCACCAAUUAUAAGGGACAGGUCUUAACAACGUGUGACGGUCAAGAUACCAUUGUGCCCGGUCUGUACGCUUGCGGCGAAGCGGCCUCGUCCUCUGUGCACGGCGCCAACCGUUUGGGCGCAAACUCCCUGCUGGACCUGGUGGUGUUUGGGCGCGCCUGCGCCCACACCAUCGCCGCCGAACACAAACCGGGAGAGAAAGUUGCCAAAAUUAAGGACAACGCCGGCGAGGAGAGCGUGAGUAACCUGGACUGGUGUAGACACGCCAACGGGAAAACGAGCACGGCCGAUUUGAGGUUGCAGAUGCAGAAGACGAUGCAGACGCACGCGGCCGUUUUUAGGACCGAGGAGACGCUCUGCGAGGGAAUCGCGAAGAUGCAGCAGUUGUACAAGCAGAUGGGGGAUCUGAAGGUUUCUGAUCACAGCCUCAUCUGGAACUCCGACCUGGUAGAAACGUUGGAACUGCAAAAUCUGAUGUUGAACGCGAUGAUGACGAUCGUGGCCGCCGAAAACCGUAAGGAAUCGCGGGGGGCGCACGCCCGUGAGGACUACAAGGCCCGAUGCGACGAGUACGACUACACCAAACCGCUUGAAGGGCAAGUGAAGAGGUGCAUGGACGACCACUGGAGGAAACACACCCUGACCGACAUCGAUACGCAAACCGGAACGGUGAACAUCCGGUACCGGGCCGUCAUCGACGACACCCUGGAUCAGUGCGAGUGCAAAACGGUGCCGCCCGCGAUCCGAUCUUAUUAAGAAAGUUUGUUUUCACUUUUUUUUCAUUAAAUUUUUAGUUUAUACGAAACACGUACUUCUCUUUAGUAAACAAACGGAUCAGAUCAACCUUUGCUGGAUUUAUUUUUUUUAUAUGUGUUUGUAUUAACAGUGUUGUCAAAUUGACUUUUGCUCGGAGGUAAGUAGGGUGGGUUGUAAAUAAAUAAACACGAUUUGGAAAUUGUUCAUGUUGUUGUCAUAGGAAACGAAGGUAUUAUGUGUCGUGAAAGUAUUUUUUUUCUUGUUGUUGUUGUUUGAUAGUUGUAUAGUAAUUUAUUGUUUUAUGGCGAAGGAGCUGCGCAAGGCGGCGGCACCACUGUUGUGAAUAGUCAUGUAAGUUUAUGUAAAAAAAUCCUUAUUGAAAUAUACACCCUUGUCACACGCUU